UCUCAUGCAAAGAUACGAAGAGUCUGUCAUCCCAAAUGGAGUGAAAAGAACGUGGCACAUUAACUACAACGUUUCCACAAGACAAGCCAGCGAUUGUCAAAAGACUGUGCACCUUUGUCGCCGAAAAUCUCCAGACGCCGAUAAGCCGGAGAAGUGCGAGAGUGGCAAAGUUAAACUAUUUCUUCACGUCAAUACGUGUGAGUUUACGCUGGUAUACAACGACACCAGUAACAACACAGCUCAAUUUCACGUGGAAUUUUACCCAUCGGGUGUCCAGGGCAAUUACAAUCCUCAACUAUUUUUGCUAAGCACAAAAAGCCGAGGAGUAUCGACUGAUCCACCAGCAACGACCAAUCGAAGCCACAGAUCGGAAACUACAACAAGCAUUGCUUCAAAAUCAGAAAUGCAAGAGACCAUUACCACUCCGAAAGGUCCAACAUCUACAAAAAACCAAGGAGUACCUCAGUUCCCAACCGCAACCACAACCCAAAAGCGUACACCAUCUAGCGCGUCUAAUCCAAGCACAAAAGAACAAAACAACACUGGUGAGCAGUCAGGAACUAAUCCUACAAAGGCUCCUCCUCUUCUGGUAUGCUUGAUUUUUGGAAAGUGGUUAUUGGAUUGGUUUGUUUUGCAGUAUUAAUCAAGGUGCAAGGAUAUGUUCUGUUCUGUGGGGUUGGAGACUGACAGAGAUCAAUUAUUAAGUAAUUUCAGUAGGGAUUAAUUACGGGGUAAAUUAAGUUAUUUCAAUCCAGUCGAACAAGGGGGUGGUGUUAGUGUUACAGUGACC